AUGGAUAAGAGUUGGAUGACGAAGUCUAGGGGUACGAAGGAAUACAGAAACAGGUGUAAAUCAUUUGUAGACUAUGCAGUUAGGAAUUGUAGAACUCCAGAUGGACUUAUUGUGUGCCCUUGUAAGAUGUGUCGAAACAACAGGAAACACCCGCCAAGAUUGGUAUACAAGCACUUGACAGGGGGGAAAAGAAUGUGGCCACAAUACCAACAAUGGAUUUUUCACAGCGAGAGGCCUGUAAGAGCUCCAGUUGAAGGCGCUCAUUUGAACCGUUCGAUCGUAGAUGCGGGUGAAAGCGGAGAACAAGGUGGAAAUAUGCUCAGCCUGUUGCGUGAUUUAUUUGGCAUGCACGAAGUCAGGGAAGACAAUUGUGAGCGUCAGGUUAAGGUGGAAGGUGAGGAAGAACACAUUGUGCAUGAUGAAGCCGAUGAAUGUGACUGUGUGGGUGGAGUUAGUAAUACGAUAUUCUCGGCUUUCCUAAAUUUCAUCAAUCAGUUGCUUCCUGUAAAUGAUGGGGCUUUGCCGGGUAAUACAUAUGAGGCGAAAAGGUUUCUAAGGGAUAUGGGACUCGGGUAUGAGAAGAUACCGGCUUGUCGUAAUAACUGUAUGUUGUUCUGGAAUGGCAAUAAGGAUUUAGAUUUAUGUGUUAAAUGUGGAGAAUCUAAAUGGAAGGAUGAAAUCUAUUUAGACGAGGAUGGCCAGCCCAUAACGUCGAGUAAACGACGUCCAAUGAAGGUGUUGCGUUGGUUUCCAAUCAUACCACAGCUACAGAGGUUGUUUAUGUCACAUCAUACCGCGCUCCAUAUGAGAUGGCAUGCAGACGGUCGCACAAAAGAUGGUGUAUUGAGGCAUCCGGCCGACAGUGAAGCAUGA